GGCAGAGCUGCUCUCCAUUCAGGAAGAACUGAUGAGGCAUCAGCAACGCGCAGUUCCUUUGCAGUCUUGAAAAAAGGGGGGGUAACAUUAGUUCGUGGUUGAGAUACGCAGACAUUUCCUCCUCGGGACUGACUGCAAACCACCCAGCACCGGCUCAGUCUUCCCAGUGCCCCCUGGUAGACCCUGCGAUCGCCUGCUGGUGAAGAGCACGCAUAAGCACACCCAGCAGCUAUGGCGGACGAAGCGGACAUGCGCAAUGAGCUGUCGGACAUGCAGCAGCGUGCCGACCAGCUGGCCGACGAGUCCCUGGAGAGCACUCGCCGGAUGCUGCAGCUGGUGGAAGAGAGUAAAGAUGCUGGUAUCAGGACUUUGGUUAUGCUGGAUGAGCAAGGAGAGCAACUGGAGCGCAUCGAGGAAGGAAUGGACCAAAUCAAUAAGGACAUGAAGGAAGCAGAAAAGAAUUUGACCAAUCUAGGAAAUUUUUGUGGUCUCUGUUCCUGUCCGUGUAACAAACUGAAGGGUGGUGGAGGCAAAGCUUGGGGGAAUAACCAGGAUGGCGUGGUGGCCAGCCAGCCUGCCCGCGUUGUGGACGAACGGGAACAGAUGGCCAUCAGCGGAGGCUUCAUCCGCAGGGUAACGGACGAUGCCCGAGAAUCAGAGAUGGAUGAGAACCUGGAGCAGGUGGGAGGAAUCAUCGGCAACCUGCGCCAUAUGGCCCUGGACAUGGGCAAUGAGAUCGACACUCAGAACCGGCAGAUCGACCGGAUCAUGGAGAAGGCUGAUUCCAACAAAACCAGGAUUGAUGAAGCCAACCAGCGGGCCACAAAGAUGCUGGGGAGUGGCUAAACUGCAGCGUCGCGCGCUUUUCCCCCCGCGCUGUUCCCCGAGCAGCGUCGAUAUGCUUUUAUCAUGGUAUUUACCUAAUAGGUUUGCACACAUGCACAUAUCAACCCCCCUCCCCCAUUGUAAAUGUCGUUCUGUGUCGUCUGUCUGCUUUUUAAAUGAUGGUCCUUGUAAACAAUUUCUUUCGCUCCUUCUCUUUCUUUCCAAAGGUUGUAUAUAGUGCUGAUUUGAUGGCUCCUGCUCACUUGUGAUGUUUUCGUUCUCUCUUUUUAUAUAUAUAUAUAUUAUAAAUAUAUAUAUACAGUAUACCUUUGCUGGAUGACAACUAUUGUAGGAAUGCUAUACAAACUGUUUUUCCUUCUCAGUAUUUUAGUAUCGUCUUAGUACUACUGUGUCAGUCCAUUAAGCUACUGCCAUGCUCCCUAUUUUGAUGUUGUAACGAUAAACAAAGACGAGGAAAUAAAAUAUUGAAAAUUAUCCUAAUUGAAAAAGCACCUACAGAACAACAGCCGGCCUCAGUUUCUCUCCUUCAUUCACCAUUCUGAGUUCAUGCUUAGACAAUGUGCAACUAGGCGAAACAUAGCUGUAAUAGACAUUGCACUUCCAGUGAUGUGAUUUGUCCGUUAUGCAUGACCAAUGAUAGAUAAUAGAAUCUUAUAAAUAAAACCCGUUGAAAAAGAUGAAAACAGGUCCAACAUGGCAGCAGCAAACUGACAGCAUGCUUAGAUAAAAGAACACAGUCCGGAUGAGUCAUAUCCCUUAAGGUUUGCAAUAGUGCCACUAUUCCUGUCAAUAUACAUUUACAGACUGUGACCAUCAUUGUAAAAUAAUACUCAAAUGAUCUAUGGUGAAUAAAUAUAUGAAAAAGACAAGGCUGUAGCACAAAAAUCUGUUUUUUAAAUGAAUGUGCAGUUCAUUUAACAUGUUGAAUAAAUGCUAAAAGGCGGGACUGGUUUUCUGCUGUAUCAUAAGGUCUGAAUGCUCUUUAUGAUGAAAAAAAAAUGCAAUAUAAGUCAAAAGGCGCAUAUUUCUGAGAGACGACACUUUUUUAAAAGACUGUAUCUUGUUAGAUUACUCUCCCCAUGUGGUUUGUUACUUGGUUAAACGAAAAGAAAAAAAAAAAUAUCCUGAACAAAAAACUGCUAACUCAAGUUUUCUGUUGCUUCUGUACUGAGAGCUAUGCACACCAAAAUCGCUGAAAUGUUGAGUAGUUAGAAUUCAGAAGACGAAUACCUACCAUAAUGGAAUGAUUACCUAGAUUCAACUAUGAGAUCAAUGUCCUUGACGCAUGGAAUAGUAAUUCUCCUUCUGUUUCCUGUCAAUUUGUGAAGUGGUUGACAUUUUGUAGCUAGUUGAGAUGAUUAAAGUUAAUAAACCUG